CCGGGAAGACCAUCACCCUUGAGGUGGAGAGCUCGGACACCAUCGACAAUGUAAAGGCCAAGAUUCAGGACAAGGAGGGUAUUCCCCCGGACCAGCAAAGGCUCAUCUUUGCUGGCAAGCAGCUUGAGGAUGGCCGCACCCUGGCAGAUUACAACAUUCAGAAGGAGUCUACCCUUCACCUUGUGCUGAGACUUAGGGGUGGCAUGCAGAUCUUUGUUAAGACGCUCACAGGGAAGACCAUUACCUUGGAGGUGGAGAGUUCGGACACGAUUGAUAAUGUCAAGGCAAAGAUCCAGGACAAGGAGGGGAUUCCACCGGAUCAGCAGAGGCUGAUCUUUGCUGGGAAGCAGCUGGAGGACGGGCGCACCCUGGCAGAUUACAACAUUCAGAAGGAAUCCACCCUUCACCUGGUGCUCCGCCUCCGCGGGGGUCACUAACCCUUUUGGGCUGUAUGUGUCCGUUGCUUUGCUGUCUUAGUUCUCUCUGUUGGUGUGCGUGGAAGUCCUAUCGGAGGUCUGAAGGAAUAAGCAAUGGUAUCGUUGGCAUGUAUUGUUGACAUCUAUGUUUGGUGAAAUGUCUAUGGUUGCCUUGUGAGUCUCUGGUGUUCUAUAACUUGUGUCAGUGCCUUUAUAUUUUUAUCUACUGCUGCUGCCCUUCUCUUGCUUGAA